AUGAAAGGCUAUGGUUGGGAGGAUGUGCUUGGUCAUUUUGGAAUUCUAAGGCUCAGCAAAGUUGAUGCUGGAAAUGUCAUCCGCCUGCUGGUUCCUGACAUUGGAAUGUUUUUCACUGGCUUCAUGGUUAUAAAGCUUUGUAAAAAACAGGUGAAACCUCUUAUUCCCAAAAUGCGGCUUCAUUCUGAAGACCAGGAGCAGGAUGAGGAGGAGCAGGAUGAGGAGGAGGAGGAUGAGGAGGAGGUGGACUAUGAAACGGAAGAAGGAGACAGUGAUGAGGAAGAGACCAACUGUUUAUCUGAAGAGGAUUUGGGAAAAGAGGCACGUGACCGAAAACCAGGUUUCAUUCAGAAAGUCACUACAUUCCUAGCAGGCUUGAAAAUCAUAUUUGAAGCCAUCCUGACAAGUGCUGGAAAGGUGGUAGCAACUCUUCUAUUAGGCUUAGCAGGUAUAAUUUUGCCUUCUGUGACUUCUGCAGUCUACUUUUUCACCUUUCUCGGCUUGUGCUCCUGGUGGGCUUGUCAUCGUCCCAUUACCGUGGUCACCUUCAGCAGUUUGUGUGUGAUGAUGGCUAUAUUCAGUGCAGGUCACCUUGCUGCCCUUUACCUGUACCAGUUGCCAUAUUUUCAGGACCUGGUUCCUCCUGAUGACAUUUAUGCCAGGCUCCUGGGGAUGGUGGCGCUUAUCAAGACAAACACCACAGAAAUCUGGAAGCUGCAGAUUCAUUCUGGAUUAAGCUGGCCUGUGUUUUUAAAUCCUCUUUUGCUGCUUGUAUUGUAUUAUUCACUGGUCCUGUUGCUACAGCAGUGGGCUCUGAGUCCUAAGGAAUGUGAAGAGGGCAUCCAGUCACCACCAGAAGAGCAGAGUAAGUUGGAGGUGGACACCAUGCUCUGGAUGGCAAAGAAUGAGAAGAAAAAGGUGGCUUAUUUUUCAAAUGGAAGCUGGCAGGACACGCCCCUUUUACAGUGUGAACAUGGCAGGAGCCUCACAGCCAGUGCGGACACCAGUGAAGGACACAGCGCUCCUCUCUCAGAGGAUAGCACCUGCCCUGAAAAUGCAGACGCUGAUGGGGAUGGGACUAGCAGUAUGGCAGUACUGGGGCAGUUCAUUAUGAAUCAAAGUUAUGUCAGUGCACUGAUUGCCAUGAUGGUUUGGAGCAUCACCCACAACAGCUGGCUGACUUUUGUUCUGCUGAUUUGGUCUUGUAUCAUUUGGAUGGUUCGUGACCGGCGUCGUUAUGCCAUGCGUAGCUCUCCGUUCCUUGCCAUCUAUGGGAAUAUCCUGGUGAUCCUCAAUUUCUUUGUAGGGUUUAAUAUUUCACAAGAAGAACUGUUUCCUGAAAUUCCAACCUCCGUGCUCAUUGACUUUGAUUUAAAACCAUAUUCUUUCCCAUGUGUGCAUCUUGGUGUUAAGAUCUUUUAUGCAUUCACGUUCUGGCUAUUGCUAAGGCAGCAUAUGAUCAAAAGACAUAUGGAGGAGAAGCAAGAAACUCUCACAGAAGUGACCGUGGAUGCGAAUGAAAGGGAAAUCCCGCACAAUCCUCUGCUGGAAAUAUUUGGCUCUCUGAUUAAAGGAAUGCUGGUUAAAUACUGGAUCUAUUUCUGCGCUGCCAUGUUUUUCAUUGUCAGUUUCAAUGGCAAAGUAGUGGUCUACAAAAUUCUGUACAUUAUGCUCUUUCUGUUCUGUGUAGCUUUAUAUCAGGUUCACUAUGAGUGGUGGAGACGAAUUCUGAAGUAUUUUUGGCUCACUGUUGUCUCUUAUUCAAUGGUGGUCCUCAUUGCUGUGUACGCCUACCAAUUCAAAACCAUUUCUGGGUCCUUGCUCCUGACUUUGGGACUGUCAGAGGAGGGGUUAAAAGACCUGGGUCUUGAACAGUAUGACACAGUAGAACUGUUUGCUAAGAUUCUGCUUCCUUCCACUUUUCUCCUGGCCUGCAUCCUUCAGCUUCAUUACUUUAGUGAGGAUUUUCUGAAGAUCACUGACCUGAGUAACAUUCCCAUCAAGCAUGAAUGUACUUUUGGCAGGCUUAAAGAAAGUAUUUGGAAACUGCAAAACAGGCUCGCAGCCAAUGAACUGCAUGGUGAAAAUCAAACCACCUUGGACAAGAUAGAGAAGACAACAGUGGAUGAACCCCUGGGAGGGGCUCAGCAGGAGAAAUCAGUGGGAGGGCCUAAUAAGUGGAGCCUGGUGAUCGACAAGUUGGCUUCUGUUCUCCUGCAGCUUUUGGAAAGGUUUCAUAAAACUCAGGUGUUAGCCUGGAGAGUCCUAGAGCUGCACAUCCUUAAAAUUGUUUCCACUUGGGUCAUCUGGAUCACGCUCCAGGAGGUAUCUUUGAUGAAUUACCCUUUCUUCAUCCUUUGGGUGUUUGCCCUGCCCUAUCCCAAGCUCCGCCCUCAUGCAUCAAAGAUCUGCACAGUUUGGUCCUGUGUGAUGGUUAUCUGUAAAAUGAUGUACCAGUUGAAAUUCGUCAGGCCGCAUGACUACUCCUCAAACUGUAUGCAGGGACUGUACCAGAACAGAACCUACUAUCAUGACAGCCUGGACGAGCUGUUGCAGAAAUCAGCGUUGUACGUUGCUCCUGUUGAUCCUGCCGAUUGGUGUGGAGGGUUACAGAAGUGCGGUGACAAUGCUUUACCCUGCUUGAAGAACCAUCUCAGCAUCUUGGCAUUAAUGGUAAUAGAAGUGACUGUGCAUCACCACCAGCUCUUCUACCGGACUCAAAACCAGCUGACACCACCUGUUACGGGGAUCAUUUUUGAUACCAUCACCCGAGAGCACCUGGAUGAUGGGUUACUCAGCUGCAUCAAAUACUUUAUCAACUAUAGUUUCUAUAAGUUUGGACUAGAGAUGUGUCUCAUCAUGGCUGUGAAUGUCAUUAAGCAGCGUAUGGAUUUCUAUGCCCUUCUCCACGGCUGCUGGCUUGUCUACCUGCUGCACCGCCGCCGAAGGAAAGCAGUGGCUGAGGUCUGGCCGAGAUACUGUUCUUGCCUUGCCAGUGUCAUGACCUUUCAGUAUUUGCUGUGCAUUGGCCUCCCUCCUGCUUUCUGUAAAGAUUAUCCGUGGAGAACCUCUCGCUGGACAAUCCAUUCCAAUCUGAUUAAGUGGCUCUAUCUGCCUGAUUUUGCCAAGAGACCUGAUGCCAGUUUUCUCCUGUAUGACUUCCUGCUUCUGCUUUUUGCCUCCCUGCAAUGGCAGGUAUUCGAAGAUGAGAAUAAGGCUUGUGUGCGAAUAAAGGCAGGAGAUAAUGUGGAGAUCAGCUGUGAAUUAGACCCAGCUGCUCUCAGCCAGUACAGCCCUGUGCCAAACUUUAUCCACUGCAGGUCCUAUUUGGAUAUGGCUAAAGUGGUUGUGUUCGGCUACCACUUCUGGUUUGUGCUCUGCCUGAUUUUUGUCACUGGGACAACUCGAAUCAACAUAUUCUGUCUGGGCUACCUGACAGCCUGUUUCUACUUUAUGCUCUUUGGAAGCAGUCUCCUUCUAAAGCCGGUCAAGAAUGUUCUCAGAUUGUGGGACUAUUUGACGGCGUACACUGCCUUAGUUAUAGUGAUGAAGAAUCUUCUGGCUAUUGGAGCGUGUGCCUAUCUUGAUAAGUUACUGAGAAACCAUUGCUGGCUAAUACAGACCUUUGGCAUGUUCUGUACUAUACCGGGGUAUGACUUGGGUAAAGAUCUGGGGAAAUGCGAGCUGCCUGAAAAUGAAGCAGGGGUUGUUUGGGACGCGAUAAGUUUCACUUUCUUGCUGGUCCAGCGGAGAAUCUUUGUGAGCUAUUACUUCCUCUACGUAGUGGCAGAUCUGAAGGCUGCCAAGAUCUUAGCUUCAAGAGGAGCUGAACUGUUUGAAGUGAAGCUGAAAAAAGUUGUGGCGCUCAGAUUGGAGGAAGAGAAAAAAUCAUUACAAGCCAUGAGGAGACAAAUGGAACUAAUCAAAUUGAAGCAGAAGAAACUUGACAAUUUGAAGCAAAUGACACCAAGCCCAGAAGAAACAGCUGUGGAUCAAUCCGCCAAAGAGCAGAAGCUGCUAGAUCUAGAGGAGGGCGGCAACAAGGAAAACAAGGACAAGAAGAUAUGGUGGCAACCCUGGGUGAACCACACCUCCAUGAUUCGAGCUGGGAGCUACUACCUCUUUGAGACAGACAGUGAGGAAGAAGAGGAACAAGGGCAGACAGAAAAGAGGGAGGAAGAAUCACCAAAGAAAAAAACAGCAUUCCAGCUUGCAUAUGAAGCCUGGAUGUCCAGCUCUAAAUCAGCUCUAAGAACAAGAAAACAAGAUGAAACCAGAGAGCAGAGGAAGAAAGAGGAGGAGGAGCAACUGCGACUGGCAGGUAAUGGGAAGAAUGCACAGACACCUGCCUGGAAAGAUGUCAAGGCAAAGUUUCUCUCCUCUAUAGCUCUGUUUAUGUUCCUAUAUGAUACAGGAGAGGUGAAGUUGGAAUUCCGUGAAGAGAAAGGGGAGAUAUCAGUCACUGAAGAGAACCUAGAUGAGCCAGAAAGUAUAAUUGAAAGGAUAAUCAAUACAGUCAAGUUUACUUGGGUCUUUGUUCAAGCAUUGCUAGAUGAUAUUACAGAGGCACUGAACUCUCUCUGUAAAAAUAACCUGGACAUAGCAAAUGUGCUGAGAAUUGAAAGGUGCAUGCUAUGGCGAGAAAUUAAUAAGGGAAAAGAGGCCUUGCCAGACACAAUUCUCCAAUAUUACAACAUGAAGAAGACUCAGCAAGUGCAAGCAAAUCCUUAUGGAGGAAAUAAAAUGAAAGGCACAUGGGAGGAUCAGCGUGAAGACACAUUAGAGUGCCAGCAGAUACCCAGGGGGGGAACCCAGCUACCUCAUGAGAGCAGUGCAUCCAGGACACCUGAUGAAGUUGCUGAGGAAAUUAAUGGAGAUGAGGCAGGACAGAAGGUGGAAGAUGAAGACAGCGUCAAAGAAGCUGCCCCAGAAAUGACCACUCCUCUUCCUUCCUCUGAAACAAAAGAUUAUGCUGUUUCCCCAUCAGCUGAGAGAAGCAAAGAAGCAGGCAGGCCAUUAAAUGAAGUUCCUGUUAUCAUGACUGCCAGUGAGCUGCUUCUGAACAGGAUGUUUCAUGACAAUGAACUGGAGCAGUCAGACAAGUUUUAUCAGAGUCUGCCUCGAUCCCUGAAGUUGGGCUUUGCUUUGUACAAUGUGAUGGUGUCCAAGUCAGAAAUGCUCUGUUAUUUUGUCAUCAUUCUCAACCACAUGGUCUCUGCUUCUGUCCUCACUUUGGUUCUGCCCAUCCUUAUAUUCCUGUGGGCCAUGUUAUCCAUUCCAAGGCCUACUAAAUUCUUCUGGAUGAUGGCUAUCGUUUAUACAGAGGUAACAGUAGUUGUCAAAUAUUUUGCUCAGUUUGGAUUCUUUCCCUGGACCACUAAGUUAUACUGCGGCAUCAAUGCAGAAGAGCCAUUUGUUCUGCCAAACAUUGUUGGGAUUGAGAAGAAGGAUGGCUAUGUGCAUUUUGAUCUUGUGCAGCUGCUGGCUUUGUUCUUUCACAGGUCUAUCUUGAAGCGCCAUGGACUCUGGGAUUCCAACGGUGUCAAUGUGUCUGAUUCCAAGAAAAGGAGAUUUUCUAGGAGGCAAAAGAACCAGGAGUCCAGAGGUGGCCUGCAGGAAGAGGAGCCUGGAUCGGGGGCAUGGCACCUUUUCAGACAUCACAAUCCCUCAGAGAGUGUCUUCAGAGGAAGGAAGACAGUCUCCAUUAACAGAGGCAAGACUCAGAAGAAUGAAGCCAGGAAGAAAUGGAGGCUUUUUAGAAAGAGUCCCAUCAGCAAGAAGAAACUUCUUAAGGAAAAGAUGAAACAACUGAUAUUGAAAGCAAAGAAGCUGGUGAUUAAAAUUGUCCUUCAAAUCUAUCGACCUAUCAGGCAGUUCUUCUACGACAUUAUUCAUCCGGAGUACAGCCCCGUCUGUGAUGUCUAUGCACUGAUGUUCCUGGUUGACGUGAUCAAUUUUAUAAUUGUUAUCUUUGGAUACUGGGCUUUUGGCAAACACUCAGCAGCUGCUGACAUAACUGAAUCCCUGUCGGAAGACCAGGUCCCUGAAGCCUUCCUGGUGAUGCUUCUGAUUCAGUUUGGCACCAUGAUAGUGGACCGGGCCAUUUACUUGAGGAAGACUAUGUUUGGGAAGUGUGUAUUCCAGGUUGUCCUUGUCUUUGGCAUUCACUUCUGGAUGUUUUUCAUCUUGCCAGGUGUUACUGAAAGGAGAUUUAACAGAAACCAUGUGGCUCAGCUUUGGUACUUGGUCAAAUGUGUUUAUUUUGGCCUGUCCGCGUAUCAGAUCAAAUGUGGUUAUCCGAAUCGGGUCCUAGGCAACUUUCUGACAAAGAGUUACAAUUUCGUAAACCUUUUCCUAUUCCAAGGGUUUCGUAUGGUGCCUUUCCUUACUGAGCUGAGAGCUGUCAUGGACUGGGUUUGGACGGACACCACGCUGAGUCUUUCCAGCUGGAUCUGUGUGGAGGAUUUAUAUGCAAAUGUUUUCAUUAUGAAAUGCCUGAGAGAGUCUGAGAAGAAAUAUCCUCAGCCUUCUGGCCAGAAGAAGAAAAUGAUCGUGAAGUAUGGAAUAGGGGGCUGCAUUGUCUUUAUAUUGGUCUGCAUCGUGUGGUUCCCACUGCUUCUUAUGUCACUGGUUAAAUCUGUGGCAGGAGUAACCAAUCAGCCCCUGGAUGUCUCAGUCCAAAUUACCAUUAGCGGUUACGAGUCAUUAUUCACCAUGAGCGCUCAGCAGAGGAAUCUGAUCCCUUUCUCUCCAGCAGCUUAUAAUGAGCUGGCUAAUCAAUAUGCCCUUCACCCGUCUGCCAUGCAGUUUAUAGUGAACUACGGCCCAGAGGACAUCGUCAUUGCUAAAAUAAAGAGCAAUGCCAGCUUGCUGUGGAGCAUCAGUCCUGCCAGCCGAGAGGCCAUGAUGGACGAACUCUCCAGCUCCGCUGCUGUCUACGUCGACUUUCACUGGACCAUUCUCAGGAACGCUUCUCUGGUGAAGAAUGUGGAAGCAUCUGGCAAGCACACCGUGUGGUACAAAGAGAAGGAAAUAAGAGAACAAAUUGUUCAAAUGCUAAAUGGGACCAGGAAAGAGCCAAUACUGCUUCCUGGCGUCGUACCAAGAUACCUCAGGGCUACUGCUGGAUCAGAAGCUAAAACUGCACAUCGCUUGCAAGUUGCUCAUUCUCAUAAACCACAAGAUAUAGACAAAAUGGCUUUCUUCCGAAACAUAACCAUAAAACUACAGCAGCUGGCCAUCAACUCGUCUUCCAGCCAAGUUACUGAGUGGUGGGUUAUUCAAGAGUGGAAUCCUACCUGCUCUGGUAAUGCUUGCAGCAAGAAUAUGGAGCUUAUCAUCUACAAUGACAAAGUCAGCCCUUCCAGUCUGGGAUUCCUGGCAGGCUACGGCAUCGUUGGCCUCUAUAUGUCUGUUGUCCUCGUCAUUGGGAAGUUUAUCCGAGAGUUCUUCAAUGGCAUCUCCCGUUCAAUAAUGUUUGAAGAGCUGCCCAACGUGGACCGCAUCCUGAAACUCUGCACAGACAUCUUCCUGGUGAGGGAGAUUGGGGAGCUGGAGGUGGAGGAACAACUCUUUGCCAAACUCAUCUUUUUGUACAGAUCUCCUGAAACUAUGAUCAAGUGGACUAGGGAGUCAAAGGGACAAUGA